CCUACGGAGUUUAUAUAAAGCUAGCAACCAGCAGGCUGUCCCCGGGGCUAAGCCUUUUCCUUCUGUUUCGUUGUUGAUGGUGAGGUUCUGUGAAAGAAGGAUGAAGUUGUUUGUAGCUGUAACGGUCAUUGUGGGAUCGCUGAUUUUUCUGGGUUUCCCCAAUGGCUCAUCGGCUGACGAGAAGAAGAAAGGCCCCAAAGUAACAGCAAAGGUUUACUUUGACAUCAGAAUUGGAGACGAGGAUGUGGGAAGGAUUGUUAUCGGCGUCUUCGGGAAAACUGUUCCCAAAACCGUGGACAACUUUGUUGCCCUGGCAACAGGAGAGAAAGGCUUCGGUUACAAAGGCAGCAAAUUCCACAGAGUCAUCAAACAGUUCAUGAUCCAGGGCGGAGACUUUACCAGAGGAGAUGGGACUGGAGGCAAGAGCAUCUAUGGAGACCGUUUCCCUGACGAGAACUUCAAGCUGAAGCACUACGGCCCCGGCUGGCUCAGCAUGGCCAACGCCGGCAAAGACACCAACGGUUCUCAGUUCUUCAUCACCACCGUCCAGACUCCCUGGUUGGAUGGCAAACACGUCGUCUUUGGCAAAAUUCUGGAGGGCAUGGAUGUCGUCACAAAAAUUGAGAACACAAAAACAGACGGUCGCGACAAACCUCUAAAAGACGUCACCAUCCACGACUGCGGCAAAAUCGAGGUGGAGAAGCCUUUCGCUGUGGCGAAGGAGUAGAGCGCAGCCCUUCAUCAAUGGCAGGGGAAUCGGACUGGGGCGGGACGUCGGAGGAAAUGUGCGGGCCACUUUGUUUUAUCAGUAAUAAGGCUGCAGUCCAGGAGGGAAGGGAGCACGCUCUGAUUGGUUGACGGCCAUCUUUAUGCACCAGAAGAGCAUUUAAUGCAGUUAUGACAUGAGUCUGGGUCCAUUUUACCAACAUGCAUUCCAAGGUGCACUUAACUGUUCACUGUUGGGCUAUUUUGUAAUUAAAAAAAGGAACGGAUAUGGGGAAAUAAAGGUUUCACGUUUUGAUACAUCAA